AUCGUCGCCAUCUAUUCCACAACCUCACCCACACGUCCUUACCUCCUUCAGCCAACGCUUUGCCAACGCUUUGCGCCACCCACGGAGCAGACACAGACAUAGACGAACCGAACCUGAAAAGGCGACCAAUCUACCUCAAUUCCGGGCUGUUCCCAGCUUAUCCGACCUCACACCCCCACUCGCCCGACCCCGCGCGCGCGAACUCUCCCGGUUGGGCUUCGCUCUACCCACCUCACGCGACAAUGGACCAGCUUAUGGGCAAUGGCGACCGGUUCCCGCUGGAGACGUGGUUCUGGGAGAUGCCGAUAUGCACGCGGUGGUGGACGACGGCGACGGUGCUGACGAGCGGGCUGGUACAGUGCCAGCUCGUGACACCCUUCCAGCUCUUCUACAGCUACCGCUCAGUGUUUGAAAAGUCGCAGUACUGGCGGUUAUUGACGACGUUCCUCUACUUCGGGCCCUUCUCGCUGGACCUGCUGUUCCACGUCUACUUUCUGCAGCGGUACUCGCGGCUGCUGGAGGAGUCGUCGGGGCGGUCGCCGGCGCACUUUUCGUGGCUGCUGCUCUACGCGACGGCGAGCCUCCUGCUGCUGUCGCCGCUCGUGUCGAUGCCGUUCCUCGGCCACCCGCUCUCGUCGACCCUCGUCUACAUCUGGUCGCGUCGCAACCCGGACACGCGCAUGAGCUUCCUGGGGCUGCUCAUCUUCACCGCCCCCUACCUCCCGUGGGUCCUGAUGGCGCUGAGCCUGGCGCUCCACGGCACCGUCCCCAAGGACGAGAUCAUGGGUGUCGUAAUCGGCCACGUCUGGUACUUCUUCACCGACGUCUACCCGCCCCUGCACGGCGGCUCGCGGCCCCUCGACCCACCAAUGUGGUGGCGUCGUAUCUUUGAAGGUCGGCCGCGUGACGAGACGGCCAACGGUAUCAACAACGAGAUCGCUGUGGCGGGUGCAGGCGUCGCGCCUCCCGAGGUACGAUGAGGCUUACUAUGAGGCUGGGGAAGCCAUCGUCGUCUGAGAUUACGUGGAUAGCCAACCCGGCCAGUUAUAUUUUCUUCUAGUCCAUGCCUUUUUACGUAUUUUUGGGGGCUUCGGGGCGUUUUGGAGGGCUUGAUUGAGUUUCUGGCGGGAGGCAAAGAAAUGCAUAGGAUAUUGGCGUUCUGGGAUGGAAUAUGACUUUGCUUGUAGAACGGCAAAACACUCUCUGCUUGGAUUGGAUCGGCUUCUAGCAGGCAGCCCUAUUUCCGGCUGGCUAGCUGGCAGGGGGGCGGGUGGACG